AAACGAGGAAUAGUCAAAGUUUACCGGUGCCGCCAGUCCAUGGCCGAUCAACCUCUCCAUUUCCCUUCAUUCUUCUCUAUAUACUUUCUCUCUAAUAUCCCAUUUCUCUCUCUAACUUCUUCUCUCAACAUUUUUUCAUUCAACCAAAACAAACACGCUACAAAUCUCUUCUUUCUUUCUUAAUCCCACUGCUCUGUUCUUCUCCAAUGGCGCAACGGUCACAUGUACCAGCAUUUGGGAAUUGGGAAAGCGAAGGGAAUGUUCCAUACACAGUGUUCUUCGACAAGGCAAGAAAGGGCAGAGGUGGCGGACCGAUCAGAAACCCGAACGAUCCCGAGGAAUAUCCAGACAUUUUCAUGGACAAUUCACAUGAAGCUCCUCCAUCUAAACCCAGUCCAAAGGACGAUACACCACCGCCAAAACCUACCACUCAUGAGAGGAGACAAAGUCGAGAAGAUGGCGGCUUUCGCCCCUACGCUAACUCCCCCGGCAACCGUGAAAAUCAGGGUCGGAGACAGAGCGGCUCCGAAUAUAGCAUCGACCGCUCUCCUCUUCAUCGCCAGGCGAAGCCCUCAGCGAGAGACAGUUCGAUGACAGAGGGCAAGAGCUUUGAGGGUAACUACGACAACCGCGGGAAGACUAAAACGAAAAACAAUUCCCCUCCGGAAGGGACGGCGCUGCCGAAGUUUGGAUCGUGGGAUGUGAACAAUCCGGCGUCGGCCGACGGUUUUACACACAUUUUUGGUAAAGUUCGAGAGGAAAGGUUGGGGCCCGGAACCCCGCAACAUUCUUCCUCACCUUACAACAAUGCUAAUAACGGAAGACCCGAUGACAGUGCAAAGGGAGGAGGGUGCUUCCCAUGUCUAAGAAGAAAAUAAGUAUGAUUUAUUUGAAGAAUUCAAAGACUCACCAAUCUGCAUCCACCAAAGGAUUUUAUUCUGCAGACUGGACUCUGUUUGUGAACGAUGUGUGCUGUUCUUUUUUUUUUUUUUUGUAUUUGUUAUAUAUAAAUUUGUUUUUUGUUUUCCUUUUUCUUGUGGGAGAAACUUGUACUUUGUUAGAAUCAUCUUUCAUAUCUUUGGUCUUUUCGGCCUAUUUUUCUGUAAGAGCCUCACUUAUUUUUGUAGCUUUGCUCCAUAUCUUACCUAAAUAUUGACAGAAACAGCGUUUGCCGUUGCCAUAAA